AUGAAGGGACUGGGUACCGGCGGAAGCGUGGAGCAAGAACAGAAACAGCCCACCCCCCCAGCCGCGCACAACCAUGCCACACCAGUUGAAAAGGUUCUCUCUCGCUUCCGGUUUUCUCCGGGCAUCCCCAUAUGGUGUAUGGGAAUGGAGAGCCAGACUCACUUCUAA